UUAAUAGGCGCCAUGGGGAAGUUACAUUCCACCUGACGCAGGUCCUUACAGGUCAUGAUUGCUUCCGACAGUAUCUACACCGUUUCGGGCAUGCGGAUUCUCCCAAAUGCCCAGUGUGCAAUGGUUUAGAGGAAACGGCGGAACACGUUUUGUUCGUGUGCCCGCGUUUUCGCACAAUGCGUGACCGCAUGCUUGCCACAUGCGGGGAGGACACAACUCCGGACAAUUUGGUCCAGAGGAUGUGUAGGGAUGAGUUUGGCUGGAACGCCGUUUCAACGGCUAUUACCCAUAUCGUCUGGGAGCUACAGAGGAGGUGGCGCGUGGAGAAUGGCUAGUCCAGAUGCAGUACAAGAGAUGGUCCAGGGGUUCGAAGUCGGCUUCGCAGGUCAUACCGGUGCCCUGCGGUCGAGAUCGACCUUUACAGCGAGUAAGUGGCCGCGGAGAGGAAGUCCCGGUAGCGGUGCUGUCGUGGCGUCGGUCUACUGGGUUGGAUCCGAGCCCGCGGUUGGAAAGGGGUAGGUGAGACCCUGCUAUCUGCAACCUACGGAUGCAUCUGAUAGGGCCAGGGUAGUGAUACCCUUCCUUUGCGGGCAGGUCAGAUCGGGUUGCAUGUGGGCAUCAGUUCUUGAUGUCCGCUCAGCAGUAGGGCGCGUGCGGGGUUGAUCCUGCCCGCCUUCCGAGGACAAAGGGAAUGGUGAGGACCACUCAGGAAACUGGCUAAGCGCCAGCAUGUUACCGUGAUGGACUCUCCAAAGCGAGUCAUCGAUGUUCGUUGCUGCAGGCUACGCAGCUAACCUUGAGGCACCGACGAACCGACGUGACAGCUAGAACAAAUAAAUUCAAAUUUGUUGUCCCCGACGCCAUGAUGAAAAAUAGCCGAACACUACCGCCUCCUCUAUAACGGUUCGCGUUGUUUUGGUAACAUGAUUCCAAACCCCCGUGUAUUCAUAUAGGAAGAGGUUCGUGUCUGCGCUGAUUUGACAGAAGCGUUCGCUCGCUUCGCUGGUCGACCGUUAAAUUUGGGGGGGACAGUUUUGAAUCACCACUGUCACGUCGGUUCGUCGGUGCUUGAGGGUGCAAUGUGCACUAGCCCCUCUCUUCUAGCCCCUAGCCUUCUUGGUGGUUCCGGAGAGACGUAGGGUUUGGCGACCAUAGGAAUGUGUUUAGUGGGUCGAGGAGAGAGUAGUCCUGGCUUCUACUAUUGUAGUAGAAGACGGCCUCAGCCCCACUCUAUCCUAACCUUCCUGUUAGGGUGUCUGUUUGCAGAUUAUCUUCCUAUGGUUUAGAAGGAAAAAAAAAGACCGCACUGGUCUAUUGUAUAUCACACCGACCGGGUCGAUAACCGAAUCAAACCCAAGCGACGCGCACUAUCACCGAUAAUUCUUCUUCACAGAUCUGGCAAAUCCGGAUCGGCAGGACCAAAAAUGUGGGAUAAUUCCCGGUUCGCACUUCAGCGAAAGCACCCGUGAAUAAGAAUUUCGGACGACAUACGCGAUGACUAAUGUGAUACGAUCACGAAAAUGAACUUUAUUAAUUGCACUAGUUGCACUACUAAAACAUGGUUUAUUGAAUUGGGGACUGUAUUAAACCACCGACGCGCGAUCCAAUGAUCGCAACCGACACGUUCGAUGAUUGAAAUUUAACUGAUCUACACUCAGCGAAGUAAACUACCGAAAUACAUCAAAAUACCUUAUGAAAUUUAGCCAUAACUGUAAAGUAUGGAUGCCAUAAGAAUACCUAAUGAAAAUUAAACAUGCUUAUUAUGACCAAAUUACAUAAGAUAAACUUAUGAAAAGAGCAGAAAAAUCACAAAAUGAUGCAGACUGGAAUCGAUCCAUGAAUGUCGAGAUUAUUGAGCUCGUGCCCAACCCACGCGGCUAUCGACGCUUGAGAAUAUCGUGUUGCUAAAUGUGUAUGAAAUGAAAGCCAAACUGUGAGUCGAUUCUGUGUCAUAGACCGACCUUAUGAAAAUCGUUCUAGCCGUUAUGAAUUGUUUAAAGGCCAUUUCAUAAGUUAGACCUUAUGAUAAUCUUAGGUUUAUUUGCCUGAGUGUAUUGGUGAUUUUAUGUUGCAUGAAGAAGAAGAAGAAAAACGAUGGUGUUUUGAAAAAAUCCUAUCCCUACAAUACAGGGAAGAUUUUAAAAUGCCUCUGUAAAAUCUAAAACAAAAUCUAAUUAAAAACGGUUUGAUGUACGGUGUCAGACUUUGGACAAAAGAGAUCGUUCCGUAUCAAUCCGAUAUACAGGGGAUGAAUGUAAAUCUUUUCAAAUGAAUGGUUGCAACCUUGAUUUCAAGUUGUGUCAAACGUUUUUAAGAGCUUAUUAUAUAAGUCAUAAAUGACAAAAUUUCAUUGCAUUCGGUUCAUUGAAUGCGGAGAUAUAACAGCUCAAAGUUGGCUAUCGGAUAAUUCUACCUUUUUCUAAAAUGCCUAUAACUUCGUGCAGUAUAGCCCGCUCUUUUUCAAAUUGUGUCCACUGAUACACAAUUAGUUGAUCAACUUAUAAUAAAAAUUUGAGAAUAUUCGAUGCACUUUUCGAAAAGUGCUAAUUGCUAAUUGGACAUUUUUUGAAAAAUGAAAAUUUUGCCUGUCCCGAUCAUUUUGUCUAUCCCCUGUAUGUGUUCAGAUGUACGAAACAUAUUCUAUUCAUGCAAAAAGAUUGAAAAUAAGUGAUAGACAAGAUAUUUAUUUUUUUUUAAUUCCAUAUUUUUAAAACUCGAAAACUGUUCUAUUUUUUUCUGAAGCGCGGUCUUGAAAUCAGCACGAAAUUAUGCAUCGAAAAUAUUGGUCGUUGAUAGAAGUUCACGACUUUCGUUUUAUAUUGUGAACUAGUGUAACACAACCAAGGUGGGCACAGGUACCGAAGGCGUUGGCUUUGAUACUACUGAAAAAGGCAUUUUAAGUACAGUCGAUUGCAGUCAGAAGCUCUACUUCAUAAAAAUUAAUUAUUCAGCAUAUGUACAUUAAAAAGGAUAUACCAACACACGAUUUAAAUGCCCUUCCAACAUCAUAGGUAAUUGUUUGGUCAUCUGGUGUGACACCUGAAAGAUUUCAAUUCAGUUUGUAUCAAGUUUCAACAAUGGUAAGAGAAAAGAACAUUGAUUCUGUUAACGUUAUACUCAAAGAGAAAAUAUUUCAAUUUUAGAUCCUGACCAACAAAAUACCACUAGUUUUGGAUAUCAAAUCCAAACAGAAUAUCCAAGAAUCAUUUAAAGGCUCUUUGCAACCGUUGAUACUUAGUGCCCAGAUAUUUAACGCCGCACCCUUCCCAUUAAAUGCUUUUUCGAAUGAUAACAACACUUGGAACCGAAACUCCAAAGCUGGACUUAUUCUUCAGUCAGCUUGUGCUAUCUGUCUAAUCGUAGCAUCGACGGUUUCGCUAGUUUACAAACGACGCUGGCGACUGGAUGGUUUGAAUAUCCCAUUUUUCACCUACAUUUUGUACAACAUGGAAAUUUGCAUUGGAUUGCUCAAUUGUACCAUUGUCUACAUUUGUUGUCAAUGGAAGCGAUCGCGUUACAAUGUUGUCCUCAGUCAAAUGAUGGACAUAUUGAAUGAUUUUGGAAAGUUUGCCGAAGAACAGGACAUUGCAUGGCUUCGUUAUCAAUUUAGUAAGUGCCUGCUAAUUGGUACCUUUUACUUUGCGGUAAUUGUUAUAGUUGAUGCGACCUACUAUUGGAAAGCUAUUGUUACCGUGUGUACAACGGGGGCCUAUUUCCUACCAAGUGCUGUGCAAUUCCUAUCGCUGUUGCAGUAUGCAUAUGUAGUCGUAUUUGCAUAUCGAAAAUGCAGAACCAUCAAUUCCAUACUUCUGGCGAUACGAUAUUCAUUGAGGUCGAAUUAUAAAAGCUACUGUCCAACGAUUCGAUCUCUGAGGAAACAGCACAUGCUGUUACACCGGUUGGUGUUCCAAGUGAAUCGGGAUUUCGGAGUGCUGAUUAUUUUGGCGGUUUUCUCAGUACUCGUAGCUAUCAGUAUCACGUGCUUGGAAAUGUAUCAAUACACGCACCAAAAAGCAAUUACAUUUUCCACCAUCCAGUAUGUGAUCUAUUCGGCUCUUUGGGUAUUGAUGUACGUUUGCAAAUUACUGAUUGUCCUUAUUCCAAAUCAUUUGAUGGUAAACGAGCGCGAACUAACCGGAAUGUUACUUCAAGGACUGCCACUGAUAGAAAAUAAUGAGUUCACCUAUGAGACAUCGUCGUUCUCUCGACAGAUUUUGCUCCAGAAAGGUCCAUACACUGCUAAUGGUAUAUUUGUACUGGAUUUAACACUCUUAGUUCAUAUUUUUGGUGCUUUGGCAACUUAUUUGGUGAUUCUUAUUCAAUUCGAUCAAUCAGCAAGGACCAGAUUUUAGGAAUAUUAAAGACAUCAUACAUACCGUCGUGCGGGGCUUCUUUAUACACUUUUUCACGGUUUUUCAACUUUAUGACAUUAUAACUCCCAGAGUAGUGAAUGCAUUUCCUCAAUUUUUACACACAACAAUCGUGUGUAUGUAUGUAGGAUGUAUGCAAAAUUUGAGCUAAAUCCAUCAAUAAACAAAAAAAAGUUGUUCAUACACCAAUCGGACACAUUUCAUAUAGGCCUGGAUGGGGGCUACUUUGGACUUUUUUAACUAUAACAAAACUGCAUUUAAAAUUCCAGGGUUAUUUAGAAAACUACAUUGUACCAAUACUGUAGCAUACUAUAUCGAAAAUUAUUUUAAUAAAUGAAUCCGUUUUUAGGUGAUUCUGUGCUAUCUUUGGUAUUAUAAGCAGCGUGAUAUUGUAAUAUAGACAGCCUUAAAAAAGGUACCAUCAGUCCUCUGUUUAGGUGAAAUGGUCAUUUAUAAUGUAUAACGAUACAAAUAUUCGAUUGUAUAUGCUACGUUGAUACAUCUUGAAUGAAUUGAUCAACCCUUUGAAAUUUAUGAAGUGUAGGAACAAUGCAUACAGAGCAAAUGUUCUGAUACGUUGUAUAUAUUUUUUUGGUUUAUCCGAUGUUUUUUGUGUCCUGGCAAGCAAUAAAGGGUCUGUUUGAAAAACAAUUUCAACUAAAUGAAGGGGAAAAUAUUGCUUCAUAAUAGUCCUAAAUACAUCAAACAGAUUUGAACCAUAUUUCGAAUUCAAAAAAUCCAAUUCAAAAGUGUCCAAAGUAGCCCCGCAUUUCAAAAGUAGCCCCGCACGACGGUACUAGCGUAGAUCAUUUGCAACAUCUGGUAACAGAAAAGCGUACAGAGCUUUCUUGAAAUGUAACACUAGUUUACAAAAUAAAACGAAAGUCGUGAACUUCUGUCAACGACCAAAGUUUCUGAAGUACAAUUUGGCACUGAUUUCGAAACCGUGCUUCAAAAAAUUUUAAGUAGAGCGGUUUUUGAGUUUUAGCUCAAUAUCAAGUUUUACCACAGACGAAUUUAUAUCUUCGUUUGUGGUUUUACAACUUUUAAAAAUAUGGAAUUUACUAAAAUUCAAAUAUCUUGCGUUUUGUUCAACCAAUCACAAAUAUUUUUCCAUAAAUUAAAAGCUGAAUACAAUACCAUUCGAUCACCUGAAUGCAGGUUUUGCGUCAGAUUGAUGAAAUUCAAGAUAUUGGCGAGUUUUAGGGACGAUCUCCUUAAAUUUUAGCUAAAUUUCCAAAAAUAUAUGAAGAAAUGUAUUUUUUUUUUCAAUAAGAAAAAAACAAUAUAAAAAUUCUUUCUCAACGUUUAUUUGACAUCAUAUGUAGGCGAGUUACAUUAAAAAAAUCAGCUCAAUCGGAGCAUUGAUUACGGAGAAUGAGAUGUGUGAAGUGAGUGACGUUGGUUAAAAAUAGAACAAAAAUCGAUUUCAAAUCAUCAACCUUGUAUGGAAAGUCGAAAAAUUUUCCGCUCUACUGUAUUGUUUUUCCUUCGCGUUUUCGAACUCAAGGCAUGAUUCUACACCAAAAAUGAUCAUCAGCUUACCGAGCUCAAAAAUGCUGUAAACUAGUGUAACUUUAGUCUUUUACAUGUUUGAUGGAAUUUAAAAAAAAAACUAGAAAAUUUGUUUGUGUUUCUAAGCGAACCACCACGCUGACGACCCUAUACCAACAGCUUUAAUAAAAUAUAGGCUUCUCACCCAUAACUCCAUUCAUAAUUAACCCAAAAAUACAGUCAAACCACAGAUAAACGCAUAACGUUCGCUUCAAAUGAAAUCACACCAAUGAACGAGGGGUCUAAAAUACAACGUUUUUGCUUGUGCAACUGACAGCAUCCAAGUAGGUGCUGGCAGA